UCUCUCUCUCUCUCUCUAUCUCUUUCAACUACUCACUCUCCAUUUCAAAAUUCAAAAACCAAUCUCUCAUCUUCUUCUCUUUGAUGGAGACUUCGUCGGCGAUUUCGAUCGGUACUUGCUUGAAAGAGCAUCAGAAGAUCUACAAGGAAUGGUUCAACAUCGCCGAUUCAGAUGGAGAUGGACGUGUUUCCGGGAACGAUGCUACAAAGUUCUUCGCCAUGUCAAAGCUUUCUCGCCAGGAACUUAAACAGGUUUGGGCGGUUGCGGAUUCGAAACGGCAGGGGUUUCUAGGUUUGGCGGAGUUCAUCACUGCGAUGAAGCUCGUCACGUUGGCACAAGAAGGACAUGAAAUUACUUCAGAUCUUCUGAAAGGUUCUGUUGAUAUGAUGAGUGUGGAACUCCCAGUGUUGGAAGGAUUGGAGAACGUUGUAUCUAAACAGAAGGCAUCAAAAGCAUAUGCAGAUGAGGAAGACAAUGUAGUCACACAGCCACAAGUAGUCAAGGAAAAAGCUUCCUGGUUCAAGUCAAAAUCCAUUAUGAAGCCACAAGUAAAUGUGGUGACAAUCGUUGAUGGCUUGAAACGCUUGUAUGCUGAAAAGCUAAAGCCUUUGGAAGUCACGUAUCGUUUCAAUGAUUUUGCGUCCCCAGUGCUGACAAAUAGUGACUUUGAUGCCAAACCCAUGGUCAUGCUUUUGGGUCAAUAUUCCACCGGGAAGACAACAUUUAUAAAACACUUGCUGGGAUGUGAAUAUCCAGGAGCUCACAUUGGUCCAGAGCCAACAACAGAUAGAUUUGUGGUUGCAAUGAGUGGACCAGAUGAGCGAACCAUACCUGGAAACACCAUGGCUGUUCAAGCUGACAUGCCAUUUAACGGGUUAACAAGUUUUGGAGGUGCUUUCCUAUCAAAGUUUGAGUGUUCUCAGAUGCCUCAUCCUCUCUUGGACCAGAUUACCCUUGUAGACACUCCCGGAGUUCUUUCAGGAGAGAAACAAAGGAUGCAAAGAAGCUAUGACUUCACCGGUGUUAUCUCAUGGUUUGCAUCUAAAUGUGAUAUGAUUUUGCUUCUCUUCGAUCCCCACAAGCUCGACAUCAGCGAUGAAUUCAAGCGUGUCAUAACAUCUUUACGUGGUAAUGAAGACAAGAUACGUGUCGUAUUAAACAAAGCUGACCAAGUUGAUACUCAACAACUAAUGAGAGUAUAUGGAGCUUUGAUGUGGUCCCUUGGUAAAGUUCUGAACACACCAGAGGUCGUACGUGUCUACAUUGGGUCCUUCAAUGACAAACCCAUAAACGAAGCUGUGGUUGGACCGAUUGGUAAAGAACUCUUUGAGAAGGAGCAAAACGAUCUGAUAACAGAUUUGAUGACCAUACCUAAGAAAGCAUGUGACAGAAAGAUUAACGAGUUUGUGAAGAGAGCUCGAGCUGCAAAGAUCAAUGCCUACAUAAUGAGUCAUCUCAAGAAAGAAAUGCCAGCAAUGAUGGGAAAAUCCAAAGCUCAGCAACGUCUUAUGGACAAGCUUCAACAAGAAUUUGAAAAGGUACAACAAGAGUAUCAUCUCCCGGCAGGAGAUUUCCCAAGUGUGGAGCAUUUCAGAGAAGUUUUGGGAGGAUAUAACAUUGACAAAUUCGAGAAGCUAAAGCCUAAGAUGAUUCAAGCAGUGGAUGAUAUGCUUGGCUACGAUAUUCCAGAUCUCUUGAAGAAAUUCAGAAAUCCAUAUGAGUGAAAUCAUAAUUGGUAUCUAAAAAAUGUAUGAAACUUGAGAGCCAUGAAUCUCUGAUAGAGAUCAUGUUAUCUGUUUGAAUUGAUUCUGUCUUUUUCUGAAUUUUAGUAUAUCUGAAUCUUUUCGCAUCAUCUUCUAUAUUAAAAAAAGAAAUACCAUUUAUAUCUAC